UUGUCAUGGUGGCGUGCAGAUACCUCACAAUUGAUCGCUAUUCUGCGUGAUGUAGCUAGUCCGCGUUACGAAAUAGACGACAGCCAGCCAAAGCAAUGGGAUCUGGUAAUUCGAGAUGUUCAAUUGAGUGACGCUGCGGAAUAUAUAUGUCAGAUCAAUGUGGCACGACUUCCCCGAAUUGAUCUUUAA